GCAAAUCUCUCUCUCUCUCUCUCUCUCUCUCUCCCCAACAUAUUAUAGUCUUUUUCCACCUCUAUAUAUAUACAUAAUAACAAACCAAAUAACCAACAGACAAGUAACCAAAAACCAUAUUCAGCAAAAGAAAAGAAAAAAAAAAGUAACCAAAAUACACAAUGCAAGAACUGCCACCGGGUUUUCGCUUUUAUCCGACCGAAGAAGAGCUGGUUUCCUUCUAUCUGCUCAACAAGCUGGAAGGAAAACGAGAGGAAAUAAAUCGAGUAAUCAAUGUCAUAGACAUUUACGGCAUAGAACCAUGGGAUCUACCAAAGUAUUCAGGAGAGCUGUGCCGUGGAGAUACUGAGCAGUGGUUUUUCUUUACACCGAGACAAGAGAGAGAGGCCCGAGGAGGGAGACCGAAUCGCACCACGGCUUCUGGAUAUUGGAAGGCGACGGGAUCACCUGGCUAUGUUUACUCGCCGGAUAGCAAGGUGAUUGGAGUGAAGAAAACUAUGGUUUUCUACAAGGGGAAAGCUCCUACUGGCAGAAAAACAAAAUGGAAGAUGAAUGAAUAUAGAGCGAUCGAAGCAGCCAACCCAGAUGGAGCUACUACUCCAAAGCUGAGGCAUGAAUUCAGCUUAUGCCGAGUAUACGUGAUAUCUGGGAGUUUUCGAGCAUUUGACCGACGCCCAUUAGAGGUGACGGGGGAUCCACAACAUCAAGGUGACAGAGCGGGACCAUCUGCUCAGAACACCACAAUGGUGGAGAAAGCUGGGAGUUCAUCCGAAACUUCAAGCUCAGGAGACCUGGCUGAUCCCCCGGGAGCUUCAGGAAGCAAUACUGAUUGGGAAAUGAAUGAUGAUCUAGAACAAACUUUUUUGGAACUGGAUGAACUACAAUGGCCCUAAAUGAAGCCAUUUUCUAGACUUACGCCAAUGUCUGACAAAAGAAUCAGAGUUCAGGAAGUAGAUUUAGGCAUGACUGUUUAGAUGUAUUAAGAGUUGAAAUUUUUUUUCCCCUCUUCCUCCUUGGGUGAGUGAAGAAUAAGUCAAUAAUGUAAGAUUUCGUCUUUUUUUUUUUCCCCUUUUUUUCUUUUUGGCAAUAUCUAAAAGUAGGAGCAUAAAUUUUAAAAGGGAGAGUUGAUGUAGCAAAACUGAGUCAUGGAU